AUGAAUUCAAAUGAGUUGAUGUCGCAUAUCAAAGAAAACAAUAUUGAAUAUGUAGAUAUACAGUUUGGUGAUAUCUUUGGAAGAUUACACCAUAUUACUUUGAUAGCAAAAGAGCUAGACGAAGGUAAACUAGAAGAGGGUAUUCCUUUUGAUGGUUCUUCGAUCCGUGCAUGGCAAGGCAUUGAAAAAUCAGAUAUGCUUUUUAUACCUGAUCUUAAAACUAUGUUUAUUGACCCAUUCCGUUCGAGGAAAACCCUCAUAUUAUAUGGAGAUAUUGUUGAUCCUAGAACGGGUGAGUUGUAUAACAAAUCUCCAAGAAGUAUAGCAAAACGUGCAUCAGAGUACUUAAAGAGUACAGGAACAGGAGAUAAGGUGUUUUUUGGUCCAGAACCAGAGUUCUUUCUCUUUGAUAGUGCAAAUUAUGAGGUAAGUAGUAAUAGAGCAAUGUAUGAGGUAGAUACUUCUGAGGGGCCCUGGAAUUCUGGCUUGGAUAUUGGAGCGCAUGGAAAUGCCAUUCAGGCAAAGGAAGGGUAUCUUCCUAGCUCCCCCCAAGACAGCUGUACAGAUCUUCGAUCUGAGAUUACCAGCAAUAUGCAGGCUAUGGGGCUUACAGUAUACUUGCAUCACCAUGAGGUAGCUACAGCACAAGCAGAAAUAGGGGUAAAAUUUGACGAGGGGAUGUAUAGUGGAGAUAUAGUACAUAAAUAUAAGUACGCAGUAAAAAACACAGCACACCAACAUGGGAAAACUGCAACAUUUAUGCCUAAGACGCUUUUUGGAGACAAUGGAAGUGGUAUGCAUGUGCAUAUGUCUAUUUGGAAAGAGGAAAAGAAUCUUUUUGCAGGAGAUAAGUACGCCAACCUCUCUCAGACCGCGCUCUAUGCAAUAGGAGGUUUACUUAAGCAUGGAAGAGCGCUCCAAGCGUUUACCAAUCCCACAGUCAAUAGUUUUCGAAGACUCGUUCCUGGAUACGAGGCUCCUGUGCGUUUAGCAUAUAGCGCAGCAAACAGAUCUGCAGCGAUACGUAUUCCGUAUGUAAAAAGUGAGAAAGCAAGGCGUUUUGAAUUUCGUUGUGGUGAUGCAUCUGGAAGCCCCUAUCUUUCUUUCGCCGCACUGACAAUGGCUAUGAUAGAUGGUAUUAGAAACCAGGUUGAUCCAGGUGACGCAAUGGAUAGAAACAUCUAUGACCUUCCACCUGAACAGUUAAAGGGUAUUCCUUCUACCUGCCAGAACCUAGAAGAGGCAUUGGAUGAAAUGGUAAAAAGCAAGGAUUUUCUUACCGCAGGGGAUGUUUUUAGUGAAGAUUUUAUCGAUUCGUAUGUAUCGUAUAAGAAAGAAAACGAAAUUGAACCCAUGAAGCUGUACCCUACAGCACUAGAGUAUCAGCUGUAUUAUACAUGCUAA